AUGGUCAACUUGUCAGUUGCAAUCGGUGAAAGUGGAAAAUUAACUUUCAGGUGUGGUAUUGGCAAACUUAUUUUAUUUGAUUAUGACAAAGUUGAGCUAGCAAAUAUGAAUCGAUUAUUUUUUACACCUGAUCAAGCUGGCUUAUCUAAGGUGGAAGCAGCAGCACGUACACUUACAUUUAUCAAUCCCGAUGUGCAAAUUGAAACGCAUAAUUAUAACAUAACAACAGUGGAAUCGUUUGAUAAAUUUCUAAAUACAAUAGCAACAGGUGGCAAAGAAGAUAACAAGCCAGUUGAUCUAGUCCUGAGUUGUGUUGAUAAUUUUGAGGCCCGCAUGGCUAUCAAUACAGCUUGUAACGAACUGGGAUUGUACUGGUUUGAGUCUGGAGUAUCGGAAAAUGCUGUUUCUGGGCAUAUACAAUUCAUAAGACCGGGUGAAACAGCUUGCUUUGCCUGUGCGCCACCCUUAGUAGUUGCAGAAAAUAUUGAUGAACGUACACUGAAAAGAGAGGGUGUUUGUGCGGCAUCAUUACCGACUACCAUGGGCAUAACGGCGGGUAUGCUGGUGCAAAACACACUAAAAUAUUUACUUAAUUUUGGAGAAGUGUCCAAUUAUCUGGGCUAUAAUGCAAUGAAUGACUUUUUUCCUCGUAUGACACUGAAACCGAAUUCACAAUGCGAUGAUCGACAGUGUCAAGAGAGACAGAAGGAAUAUCAAGCACGGCCGAAACCAGUAGUGGAAGAGAGUGUUGUGGAAGAGGCAGGUCCUUUACACGAAGCAAAUGAAUGGGGGAUUGAGUUGGUGGAUGAUUCACAGCCAGAAUUGGAUACGACGAAUACAAGUGAUGCAGUUGGAACAGGUUUGAAAUUCGCUUAUGAAGGUCCCGUAAAAAGUAGUGAAGCAGAAGAAACAACAAGUGUCGUUAAUGAUGAAGUAAACUUAGAAGAUUUAAUGGCUCAGAUGAAGUCAAUGUAAAAUAUUUUAUUUUACUUCCAAUUAUUCCAAUUUUUAUUAAAUAUUGUUUUUAUUUUGUUUAGUCUG